UUGAACAGAAAACGGUGCACAUUGCUGUUAGCCUGCGAGCAAGCUCUCCUAUUUGGACGUGCCUAUCGCAAUCUCAGCUGUGCUUACCAAUCCCUCGGUGACUCCCAACGAGCAAUAGAGUACCACAACCAGCACAUCAGCAUUGCCAAGGAAAUUGGUGACAGGGCAGCAGAACGAUGUGGCUAUGGCAAUCUCGGCGAUGCUUAUGAAUCCCUCAGCGAAUUCCAACGAGCAAUAGAGUACCACAAUCAACACCUCAGCAUUGCCAAGGAAGUUGGUAACAGGGCAUGUCAAGGCAAAGCCCUUGCCAAGCUCGGCUUUGCUUAUCGCAGCCUUAAUGAAUUCCAAAGAGCAAUAGAGUACAACAAUAAAUACGUCAUCAUUGCCAAGGAAGUUGGUGACAGGGCAGGGCAAGGGCAAAGCCCUUGCCAAGCUCGGCUUUGCUUAUCGCAGCCUUAAUGAAUUCCAAAGAGCAGUCACCAACUUCCUGCAACCUUUCCCGUCUGAAGCCAUCGACUGA